AUGUCUUCAGUAUGUACAAAGUUUCAACCCAUCAACCCCAAGCCCUUUUUGAAAACGCUUCUAAACAAGAAAGUGAUUGUCAGAUUGAAAUGGAAUAAGAUGGAAUAUAAAGGCACGCUUGUGGCCAUCGACAACUAUAUGAAUCUUCAGCUUGACGAGACCUUUGAGGUGAUUAGGGAGGGAGAUGAGGUCAAGGAGGAGAAGAUUGGGGAAAUUUUCAUUCGGUGCAACAAUGUGCUUUUUGUAAGAGAGGAUGUGGAAAAGGAAGAGAAAAACUAG